UUGCUCCUCUGUGUGCCGCUGGUUCCGUAUCGCGCUCGUACCACCCGUGUCCACCAGAGGGAGUCAUCUCCGUACACUCGGGUACCAGAGCAGGUGUGCCGAGGUGAAGUAGCGCGCGGAGCUCGGCUGUUUCCGUCGCGGCUCGGCACUGAACCGCUGUGGAUGUGGGAAUGCGGUUGCCGGAGGCUGUGGGCAUUGCUGGACACUCGGCGGAGAUGUGCGCACGGAGACGGGAGCCCACGGCGGCUGGCUGUCGUCCAAGUUAACGGGCUGUUUUGGGGGAUGCGGGCGGGAGCCCCCGACGGCUGCUGUCGCUCCGAAAAGGGCAGCGGGGUGUUUUUCCCCUCAUUUUGUCGGGGAUUUUCUGCCUUGUAGGAGGGGGGGUAACGGAAUGAGAGAGACGCCAGGAAGGAUUCCCCAGCACUAUGGAGCCACGCAUUGCAGGCAGCUGACAGUAAAAUGAAAUGCAAAGCAUCUGACCCUCGAUUGUAAACCUUUUCCUGGUGCUGCUGCACAUAGAGGUGACAAUACGUAACUGCAUCAAGUUGUGGGGUUCGUGAAGCCACCGGCAGCAUCAUGUUCUACGGUUCUUCCUCUGGGGCGAGUAUGUCCUUACCAUCCAAGAGCCGCCUCAAACGACAGAGCAGGACCUUCACACAGGUCCUGUACCGUACUCUGAGUUACAGAGACCGCGUCCCUGCAGAAACUGGAACAAACACCCGUGGGGAGCGGCGCACGGCGACCGAACCACCAGAGCGACCGGCGGACGACCCGGCUGAACUCUCCACGCAGAGCUCGGCCCCCGGGGUGCUGAAGAUUUUCGGAGAUGAAAUUUGUGCAGGUGCCAACUACAAGAGUGUCCUGGCCACGCCGCGCUCCAGUGCACAGGAACUGGUGAAAGAGGCCCUCGAACGCUACUCACUGAACAAAGAGGCGGCCAGCUCUUACGUCCUGUGCGACGUUAUCGGACGUCUGGAGGGCGGAGGUGGGAACGGGGGAGGUGGGAUCGGAGGAGGAGGAGGAGGAGGGUGGAGGACUGAAUGCUUGCGCGCGCUCGGGGACAACGAAAAGCCGCUGUUGCUCCAAGAGUUGUGGAAACCCAGAGAAGGACACGCUCGCAGGUUUGAGCUGCGCAGGAGAGCAGAGGUCGAGGAACUCAACGCCAAGGAGAAGGAUACUAUCACUGCUGGCCCCCGAACACCCCAAUUCCUGGCGGCUCUCAUGGGUCGGUCCGGGCUGGGCAGGCACAGGAGCUCCCCCCUACGGUCUGGUCGAGUGGUACAGUCCAGCUCUAAAGAUAUUAAUGCCCAGGCUCGUAAGCUCCAGAGGAACAGGGCAAAGGGGACUCUGACCCUUCCACGGUCCAGCAACUCCUCCUUCUGCCGCAGCCUCAGUGAGACCAGUCUCAACCAGCUUGGAGUGGGAGAUGAGCCCAAGCGUUACUACUCCACCCUGCCUGGACCCCUAAGGGGGCGAGAACGUGAUGGGGCCUCCAGCGGCCGGAGGAAAGAGGAGGGAGGUCAGGGAGGUGGAGGGGUGAGGCACUCUCUGUAUCAGUCACCUCAUCUACUGCUGCUGCAGGGAUACAAUCGGCAGGACUGCCUGGUUUACCUCCUGAACAGGGAGCAGCACACGGUCGGUCAGGAGACGCCAUCAGCUCGCCCCAACAUCUGCCUCUUUUCUCCCGACAUCCUCCCCCUCCACUGCCGCUUACGCCGAGUCCCUGCGCCGCGUCGCCAUGCCAGCAGCAGCAACAACAACAAGGGAGAGGACCCGGCCGAGAGUCAGCGCUUCUGCGUGGCCGUCGAGCCCGUGCUCAACGCCACGGUUUUGGUGAACUUCUCCCGCUGCGAGCGCUCCACCACGCUGCGCCACGGUGACCUUCUCUCCUUCGGAGCACACUACAUCUUCCUGUACAAAGACCCCACGGGUGCCAAGCCUCUGCCUGCGCAAACCCUGGCUCGCCUCCGCACGCUGGGGCAGCUCUACGACGCAGGGGCGGAGGAGGGAGAGGGCGGCGCUCAGACCUGCAAGAUGUGCGGCUCCGUGCUCAAGGACCGAGCGGCGCAGGUGCUGAGCGUGCCAGCGGUUAGACGCAGCUUCAAACCUCACCUGGUGAAACCCCGCAGCGUUGGGACGACCACAGGGGGAACCCUCACCGUGUCAGGAGGGGAGGGGGGAGGGCGAGGAGGAGGGGGAAGUCAAAAAAGGAGGCUGCAGCUGGAGUUUGACCAGGCUCACGAGGACCAGCUGUUGAACAGGAUAAUGUCUCUCAUAGAACCUGGAGGAGAUGACCAUAAGCUGACGCCUGCCUACCUGCUGUGUCUGUGCAUACAACACUCUGCCUCAACCUUCCCACCGGGGAGUUUUGGAAAACUGCUGCUCAAGAUUGUCCGGCGGAUCCAGACCAUCGCGUGGGAGAAGACAAAGGAGCUGGCUCAGAAGCAAGCUCAGCAUAGCCAGGACCCGGCCUCCCUCUCGCUGCUCAGCAUCUCGGACCUGGUCCCAGACCUGCAGACCAUCUUCUUCUGGAUGUCCAACUCCAUCGAGAUCCUCUACUUUAUACAGCAAAGAGCACCAGCAUACACACACAGCAUAGAGGCGCUACAAGGGUCAAAGGAGUCGUUGCUAUCGGCGACAAUAUCAGCCAAUGAGGAGGCAAUGAGCAUCCUGGAAGAAGUGAUCAUGUACACGUUCCAGCAGUGUGUCUACUAUAUCACCAAGGCUCUUUAUGUGGUGUUACCUGGUUUGUUAGACUGUAAUCCAUUCCCCGUCGACAGCUCUGAGCCCUGCUGGAAAGGAGGUGUCGGGUUUCCUGAGCCGGUGCGCAGGGUCCUGCAGGUGUUUCAGUGUGCUCAGGAACUGCUGCAGGGCUACCAGGUUCACCCGGAAAUCCAGGCUCAGAUGUUUGCUUACCUCUUCUUCUUCUCCAACGUAUCGCUGUUUAACCAGCUAAUGGACAAAGGUCCAUCUCGGGGCUGGUUUCAGCGUUCCAAGGUGCUGCAGAUUCAGGCGUGUCUGCGGAUGGUCAUGGAGUGGGCAAGCAGGUCUGGGCUGGGACACCUGGCUGAGAAAUUUUUCACCAAACUCAACAGCUCCGUCUCCAUAAUGGCCACACCCCCACAACAGCUCACACAGAUGGGUUGGCGAGCGUUGUCCAGCGAGCACCCAUCUCUGAAACCAGUCCAACUCCACCGGAUUCUCACUCAGUAUCAGAUCACAGCAGAGAUCGGCUCCGUUCCCUCAUGGCAGCCCAGCAGCGAGGAUGAGGCAUAUAUAUACAGAACAGUUGACCUCCUGGAGAGCUUUGAGAACCACCCUCCCAUCGUUCUGCCCAGCGCCGGCUUCAGAGUGGACCUGGACAGCGAGUGUGUUGAAGACAGCAUCUACAGACAGCUGCUCUACAUCCGCCACUACCUGUGGGGGCUACGCACCAAGACCCAAACACACGGCAACACUCCCGCUGUGCACACACACUCGAAUGGAACCAACACAGCUGACUGGCCGGAUGUUCAGAGGGAGUUGCUGCCUCCGGCCCACAGCAGCCCCCGCUCCGGUGGUCCCGGGGACGAGGGGACGGCAGAGACGGGAGAGGACAGGGGACGGGACAGAGCCCCGGGUCAAUCACACACACACAGCCUCAGAAGGAACGGCACCGUUCACCACCCACGUCCUGCAAAUCCAGACCCGUCCUGCCUCCUGACCCCCCCCAACACCCCACUGUACCCUGAAGGAGGGGGGGGGCCCGGCUCCAUCAUCGGCACCAGCCUUCAGACCAACGGCUGCUCCAGCAGAACUGUGGCAGAAAGUAAAAAGACCAAUGGACUCAUCACCAACGGACUGGAGGGGUGUAUUAGUGGGUCUGAGUUUCCUUUCCCUGUAUCCUCCCCUGGCGCCCCUUCCUUUCCUGAUGACUUGUGUGUGGUGUUUGUAGUGGAACUGGACAAGGGACCGUACGGACUGGGCAUGGGACUCAUAGACGGCCUGCACACUCCUCUUAAUGCUCCAGGCAUUUACAUCCGGACUCUGAUCCCCGACGGUCCGGCUGCGUCUGACGGCCGGCUGAGGAUCGGAGACCGCAUCCUGGCAGUGAACGGCACCAGUCUGAUCGGAGCAGACUACCAGAGCGCCGUGGAUCUGAUCCGUCUGGGAGGGGGACGACUACGUUUCCUGGUAGCCAAGUCAGACCCAGAAGUCUCAGAGAAGAUCAGUGCCUCCUCCUGCUGACCACCUCCACUGACCAUCUAUGACACUCACAGCACACUAGACUGCACUGGACUGGACUGGACAACAACAAGGGAUACUUGUGUGCACUGACAAACAGGGUACACACAGACACACACACUCAGCAUCAUGAAAUAUGAAGUACGUGAACAUUGGCGUCAGCACAAAGCAAUCAGACUACAGAUACGGCUCCAUGACUCCACUGCUACUCUCCAAACUGUUUCAUUCAUGUCGACUCCUACUGGGUUUGUGUAACAUUUUCUAAAACCCGCCGCAGCAUCAAAGGAACCCACGGGAAAGUUGCCUAAUUAAUCAGUGUUUGAGGUGGGAAAGGUCUGAUGUGGUUUAAAGCACAGUAGAUUGUCAUCAGUCAACCCUCGGAGCAUGUGUGAUGUUACCACCCGUAUUUUAGAAUCAUUUCUAUAAGAUGUAAAUAGCAUGGUCACACGGCCCCCAGGCUCUCACACAAAGGGACUCUGAGACAGAUGGACACAAAACGAAGACGCCCUUUACGAUUUUAAAAGCAUUUCCUGACAAACAGUGGAGUACAGUCUGAAUUGUGGAUGUCUCACACAGCGCUUUUGGAGUAGAACGUUUUAUACACCUGUUUGUUAAAAGCUCCUAAAGCUCCAUUGGUGUCUACUCUACUUUUGUGAAUGAAUGUUAACUUUUGUAUUGGAGAGUGAAUGGCGGAGGGAAACAAGCACAGAAGAAUUUCAGGACUCGCGUUUCACAAAGAACCACAUCUCUGGACUUCACCUUCACGGGAAAAAUGUGAAGUUUUAUUCUCAAAGGAUGUGCAGCUACCAUGGGACAUUGUUUAUUCAUUUCGUCAUCAAGACAAAUGCUUCACCUCAGAGGCUCAGACGCACAGUCCCGGCUUGUACAAACAGAGGUGUAAAUAACUGUAAAUAUUUAACACUUCCAUUGAAAAGAAAACCUGCAUCUGGGAACCAUUCUGUGAUGUUUUGGUUUCUCUGAAAUCAGUGUUGUCUGGAAAGAGAGAACUGUAGUUAUGGAUAUUACACCCCCUUUUUUUUUUUAAUUGUUAUGUUUUAUAAACACAGGCAUAUGUUUCUGCAGUGAGGAAAUACAUAUUACCUUCAAAAAAAGGAAUUUAGCCACACAGAUGGUUUGCCCAAGGUUUUGAGAUUUUAGUCUGACAAAAUCUAAUACAGUGUUAUUUAAUCUCAUAUUGUUUUGCUUUAAAAGCUUAAAUUAGCCUGACGCACAGUUUAAUCCAGUUAUUUUGGUUCCACUGUGCAAUUACUCCAGUUACUUUGAAACCUUCUCAAGCUUAAAAUAGAAGGAGUGGGAAGGAGUGUACAUUUAAUUCUUGCUUUUCACAUGUAAACGUCACCUGUGUUAAAGCCUCUGGAGAUGAGAUUUAACGACAGUUUGGCUUAACGUGAAAAAUACAAAGGGAUGAUGAAAAGGAUCGAGGCUUUGGUAAUAUCCACUAUUUAUAAAACCAAAAUAAAGUGUUACACGACUAAUUUGAGCUUGGAUCGUACCAAAAAGUACCAUCUACGACUUGGCGAAUGCCAAAAGAGGGCGCCGUUUCUAUGGACUUCUCUCCUGAAGACAGUAAAAGCAAAAACAGGACGUCCUCUUGGUCCUCACCUACAGGAGCUGUAUGAUCUGUUUGUAGUUAAUUAAUUUUUAUUGCAGCAACAGAAGGCUCGACAACACCGUAGCAUUACUACCUGUGGUGACUCUCAUAAUCCGCAGGUGGCCUGACCUCACUUUUUUUUUUAUUAUGCCUUUUUUUCCUGGAAGAAGGUGAACUUCUGUUCAGAGCUGUGAGCAAGAAACAAACGAACUACAUUCACCUCAGACUGGACUGAGGAGGAGGCAGAAAUCUCAAAACUUGGGCAAAUAAAACCAAAUACGCGCACGGGGAGAUGUGUAAUAAGAAUCGAAUGUAAUGUGAUUGCACUAAUAAUCUACCUUUCUAAGUAAUGUCUCCUAGGGUUGCAGUUAUUUCAUUGACUAUUUAUUUUUUUCUUUUCUUGUUGAGCCUUUAGUUGGAAAACCUGGAAAAAAAACACACUUCCCAAAGAUGCUUUGUAUUGUCAAACAAUAAGGUGAUAAAAUGUGUAAGGCCUUGAUCUGAGAAAGCGCAGCCAGAGAACAUUUGCCAAUUUUACUUGAAAUUAAAACCAUAGAUUAAAUACUUGUUUCAGCACUUGUUGGCAUUUUCCAGUUAUUAUUUCUUCCUGCAGACACAGUUGUAAAUUUCAGUCUGUGUUUUUUUUUUUUCUCCCUCUGGAGGAACCGUUCCAGUUCAGCUCUUUGCAAUAACAUUUUACAUUUGUGCAUUACAAGGUUUAUACGACACCGAUCUCAUGCAUGUCUACUCUUCCCCGCUCAUUAUUUAUACUGUUAAGAACGAUGGUACUGAAGAAUAAAGAUUAUUGGAUACUU